UCACUCUGCUCCGGGUUUACGCGUGAGAGCCGGUUUAAUUAACUGCUGAUUUGAAUUCCGCACAGAAUUCAGUUUUGUGCGGUGUUGAAGUGCUUUCUGCAGCGUGACAGGACGGAGAUAUGAAUCAUAAAGUCCCGGGUUAAAUGAUGGCGUCAGGAUGGCGGCAGCCUCGAUCAGUUAGAGCUGCUUUACUCUUUAACACCAUCCUCUUCCUCAUCAGCCCCGGCGCACAGACACACACCUGUCACCAUAAAGUGCCCCUGCCUACAGAGGUCAUACAUAAAGUGUUUCUGAAGCCGGAUAGAUUGACCAAAAGAAGCACUGACCAGCAGUUAAAGAUCCAAAUAGAGUAUGACUCCAGCUUGGAUGGGUUAGAUGAAGCCAAAAGCAUCCUUGUGAAGGACAAGCUCCUCCCCCAGGCUAUCGAAUAUUUCCAGAAGGCCUUCAGGGUUCGCAGGCAGUCCGGUCCAAUAUUACUGAGCAGACAAUGCGCAACCAAUCAGUACCUUAGGAAAAGAGAUGAUCCACAUCGCUACUGUCAGGGACCAUGUGCAGACAUCACCAAGUGUGGCCCAGUUGUCGUCCCUGAACAACAUUUGCAGCAAUGCAGGGUUUGCAGUGAGUCCGGCAAGUCCUGUGGCCCUGUUGGUCCUCCCGAUGGUGAGGGGGUGGCGAGGGCAGAUUUUGUGUUGUAUGUGAGUGCCACGACCACAGAGCGUUGUGGACAAGAGAACAUCGUAGCCUAUGCAGCGUACUGCCAGCUGGAGUCUGAACUGGACAGACCCAUCUCUGGAUAUGCCAAUCUGUGUCCCAAUAUGAUCUCCACUCAACAUCAGGAGUUUGAAGGGAUGCUGUCCACAGUCAAACACGAGAUCAUACAUGCCCUGGGUUUUUCUGCAGGACUCUUUGCGUUUUACCAUGAUGAUGAUGGAAAACCUUUGACACCACGUUCUGCAAGUGGUCUACCUGCGUACAAUGAAAGUUUAGGGUUAUAUCAAUGGAGUGAUAAAGUUAUUAAAAGUGCAACUCGGCUGUGGGACAUCCGUGGUGGCCACAUGGUUAGACACACGGUCCAUCUUCUGGCCACCCCACGUGUAGUUGAGGAAGCCAGGAGACAUUUUAAUUGCCCCAUUCUAGAGGGCAUGGAAUUGGAGAACCAGGGAGGUGCUGGCACAGAGUUCAACCACUGGGAAAAACGCCUGUUAGAGAAUGAGGCAAUGACCGGAUCUCACACACAGAACAGAGUGUUUUCUAGAAUAACUUUGGCCAUAAUGGAGGAUACAGGGUGGUACAGAGCUAAUUAUAGUAUGGCGGAGAACCUGGAGUGGGGAAGAUUUUUGGGUUGCGACUUUGUGAUGAAAAGCUGUAAAUUCUGGAUAGAUCAACAUCGCCAUAAGAGGCCAACCCUGAGUCCAUACUGUGAUUCUGUGAGGAGUGCACCUCUGCAGCUCACCUGCAGGCAGGACCAGCUGGCCGUGGCCGUGUGCAACCUGCAGAAGUUUCCUCAUGUGCUUCCUGUAGAGUAUCAGUACUUUGACCAUAUUCCUGGUGUGCCUGAGGAAGAUUUGGCAGCAUACGGAGGGGCUGUUGAGAUCGCAGACUACUGUCCUUUUAGCCAGGAGUUUAGUUGGCAUGUGGGUGGAGAAUACCAGCGCAGCUCUUACUGUGGAACACAGGAGAACCAGCCAGCCACAUGGAGAAACUAUGGGGCGGAACAUUACGGCCCAGGAUCGGUGUGUCUCUACCAAAAGUCACCAUUUGUAAUGGAGCAGUGCACCAAAAGAAUGACCUAUCCAGACUGGGGCAGUGGUUGCUAUAAGGUGUCUUGCACAGCCCAAGGGUUGUUGGUCUGGGUGCAGAAUGAUUCCUAUCCAUGUGUUCGUACUGGUCAGGUGAUCAGUGUGAGCAUACGAAUGAAUGGAUGGGUCUACAGCGGCCAACUCAUCUGCCCAACCUGCUCUGACUUCUGCAGCGACUGCCCCCUCCCUCACGAGAUGCCCCCUCUAAACACCACCAAGAGUGCCCGCUUAGAUCCUUGUUCCAGAUCUUCUUGUUUGGUGGUGAACUUAUGGCAGCUCCUGUUAAGUCUCACUCCACUGCUGAUCGGCUUCCUCCUCUGUGGCAGAGACUGAAUUCGUUCCCAGUUGAUUGGGUGAAUAUGGAUGUCUUGAUAUGCUACAGGCUUCCCUUGAAGUUUAGCUGCUGUGGAGAGCAAACCAGCGAUCGCUUCUGUAGUGUACAGUGAUAACUCUUCUCUCUAUGUGGGGGUGUGGACUGUAGGUGGGAUUGAAAAGCCAUUGAUUACACUCCUCCUUGCCUGGCUGUCAGGUGCCAGCGAGCUGUAGAUCCUAUGUGAAGCCAUAGUCAUAUUAAUGUCCUCUUUGCCUCUUUGUCUCUCUGAUGGGCCUGUAGCAUUCUGGGUUUUGAAAUGGGCAUCUGGUUGAGAAUGAUGAGAGAUAUUCUCUCUGGUGUUCUGCUCAUGGUGCUUCUAUGUUGUUUCGUGAAAUUAACUUGCUGGCAAUGUUUUGAUCAGCGUAUAUCAGGUCAUGUGACUGACUAUGCUUGUGAUUUUGUACGGAGAAUUGCAGGAGAGAUCUCUGUUAAGGUCCGAGCAAGUGCUGGAUUUUAAUAUUUUUUUAUGUUUUUUUUUGUUCAAGAUAAAUACUUCAGAAAGGGUUUAAUCAUUGAAUUUGUUGAUAUACAGCUGGGUCCAAAAGUCUGUGAUUACAUUGAAAAUCUGGGAUUUUGAGAGAUUUAAAAAAAAGGAAAAAUAUGAUGCAAAUGAAGACAAAAUUUUCUAGGUCUCUAAUCCAAAGUUGACAUUGAUCAUGUGUCUCAUGUUCAAUGAAGUUGCUCUUUGCGUCAUUCUCAAAUCAUGCUGGAGAACGCAAGUUUACACAUUGGUUUUUAUUUUAGUAUUUUGUUUUAAUUUUAAUUUGAAAGUUUGUCAUUUUGCCAUGAUUGUAUUUUUAUUUAUUUUUACAAUUAUUUAAAAAUGUCUAUAUAAUUUUUUUUUAGUAAUUUUCAUUUUAUUUUUUUUUAUUUUUUAUUUUUAUUAAACUAAGUUUAAAUAAAUGAAAAAUUUGAAAUGUUGCCUUGGCAACUAAAUGAAAUAAAUACCUUUGUUUUAUUUAGUUUCAGGUAACAAAGGUUUUCUUUAUGAUUUUAGUUAAAUAUUAUAAUCCUAGCUUAAGUGCUGGAUCGGAUGACGAAUGAAACACUAAGAAAUUCUGAAACUUAUUUUCAUUUGUUUUUGAAAUUUUUAAAGAAAUGUUUAUGUUGAUAUUAUAUAAUUUGUAAUACAUUUGAUACUAAAUUGAAUACUGCAUUUUCAUUAGUGGUCUCAGACUUGUGGACCUCGUUGUGGAUGUGCAAUUUAGUUUUAUUGCAGUGCGUUAUUUGACAUACAAACAUAGUGACAUACUGUCCUGAUUCUGUUUACCUUGAAAUGUGUUGCCAGAUUUUGGUCCUAAAGGGCUGUCCUACCAAGGAUGCAGAUCUUUAUAGACUGUUGUCUUAUAACAAUCAACUCUAAAAGCCCUUGCGAAAAGUGCUUUUUAUAGACCUUUUUAAGAGAUCAGAUGACAUUAGCGUGUUCAUUAGUUUGCCUUCACUGAGAAGUAUGCAACUUUUUUUUUUCUUUUAAAUGCUAAUAUUAAAUUUGUCAUGGUGUCAAUUCACUACAGUAGCAAGGUGCCAUUAGUAGGGCUCUUUUAACCUACCCUUUUUUUUAAACAAUAUUUAACACAGAUGUUUGCAUUACACAACUUUUACUUUUUAAAAAUUACUGUGCAUGUACAUAAAAGCAGGUGUUGAUUAUUUUCCUAAUGCAGUCACAUUGUAACUUGCUUUAAUGAACACGAAACUAGGAACAAAGGAGUUGUACUGUAUAUGUGAUAGUUUGUUAGGUGUUUGUGGACUACUGAAGUUGACUACUGAUAUAUAUAUAUAUAUUUUUUUCCUUAUAUUUAAUGAUAAUGCUGUUGUGAAUCAGUGUAUUUACUUGCAAGAUGAAAUAGUUCAUAAGAUUUGAACCUUUUGCCAUUAUGUAACUUCUUAGUAUUAUAAUAUUUUACUUUUUGUUAGGUAAUACAAUGCUUUAAUUUUAGGUCAGUGUUAAUUACGAUUUGGCAGUGCUGAGAGACAAACAUGGCAGGUUUAAAUACAACACUAUUUUAAAGCCUUUGUAUAUGGAAUGUGUUGUAUACAUGUAUACAUGUUUCUGUUAUACUUUAGUAGUGAUCUCUAUGAUGUUCAGAAUUUUAUUUUGCUUUUAAAAGCAUCCUGUUUGAUGAAGAGAUUAAUUGUGUGAAAUAUGUAGCAAAUGAGAUUCCGGAUUUCAUAGUGAAACUCUAAAAUAUGGUGGGAUUAUGGUAUGAAUUCAUAUUUACUGUACUGUAUGUAUAGUUGUAGUUUAUAUUCUCAAAUGUUGGACUGACUGAGCCUUACAGUUUCAGGGGCUCAUUAUAAUUUAACCGAAGGAGUUUUGUACUCCUAAUCAAACCUCAACUGAAAUGCCUUUCCUUUCAAGGACAGUUUUUUUUUUUUUCACUCAAGGACAGUAUGAGUAUAUAGUUUUAACCAUAAUUUUCUUAGAUUGAAAACAAGCCUUUGAUAUAUGCUCAUGUAGGAGAAAAAUUGUAAUCACUGCAAACAUUGAGGCUUACUAGUAUUGGAACAUUUACAAGCAAGUUAUUUUAUUUAAUUAUGCUUUUCUGUUAUUUACACUUCAUUUGGCUUAAAGGAUAGCAUUAUAGGACAUGUUCAUAGUUAAUUUGUAUUAUUGCUGCAUAAAUAGUAAUUAUUUUGUAAAUUGUAAAUCAGUUGACAAUGCUUCUAAGUUAGUCUUGUACCAUUUCAGUUGAGAUCAUCCUGGAAGACUACAGCAUGUUUUACUUUCUAAUGAAAUUGUCAGUGUAUCAUUUUUUUAACUAUGUCCCAAUAUUCAAAUGUAGACUCUCCUUUAUAGACAUAUUUCAUUAAAUAUGUCUUUGUAUGACGUUUUCUUUAUUUGACUUGUUUUAUCAUACUAAUUAAUUUGAUAAUUAUUUUUUGAAUGUUUUGGUUGGAAACAUAACAACAACAACAAUAAUAAUAAUAAUGUGUGGAAUCUGACAAACCAUUGUCUUUUGAUAAAAAUUGGAUUCUACAACAAGUAAAAACUGCUUCUAAAUUACCAUAGAAGAGGAUAACAACCUAUCAGCCAGUAUGAAGAUAAACCGAAAUGAAUUGAAAAUGCCAAGCCAUGAGACUGUUGUAAGACCAAAGACAAGUCUAUGCAGAACAAAAUAUCUUUCACAUAAUCUCAUUAUGUUUUCCCCAUUUUUUGUAUUGCAUAUGGUACAUUAGUGCUCUUUUAAUAAUACACAAUUAAAUGAGAUGUUAACAGUCCUCCUGUUGAGACAUGAUUUACAUUGUUAACAGUUGUUUAUUUUCCCAAUAAAAUUAUUUAUGACAAAUAAA